CAGUUUUGUUGUUUGCUCUGAUUUUACUGGUUCUUUGGGAGUCGGUACUGGGGCGGUAGUGGCGUCUGCGUUAAUCUGAGAUGGAUACGGAGGACGAGAAAUCCAAGUAUGGGGAGCCCAGAAAAUUUGACCCAAGCUUUAGAGGGCCUAUUCAAAAUCGGGGCUGCACAGACAUUAUUUGCUGUAUUCUAUUUCUUGUGGCCAUAGUUGGUUAUUUCGCUGUGGGAAUAUUGGCAUGGUCUCAGGGUGACCCCAGGAAGGUGAUCUACCCCACUGAUAGCAGAGGGGAAUUCUGUGGCCAGGUUGGAACGCCACUGGAGAAAAAGCCUUUCCUGUUUUACUUUAACAUUCUGAAAUGUGCCAGUCCUGUAGUUCUUCUGGAGUUCCAGUGUCCUACCACUCAGAUAUGUGUGGAGAAAUGUCCCGAACGCUCCAUGACCAUGAUAACUGCCAGAGCUAUUCCCAAUGACUGGAAUUACUACAAAACUUUCUGUAAAGAGGGAGUAGACACCUUGACCCCUGCAGAGAUCCUGAGCAAACGACUGUGUCCAGCAUUUCUCGUCGCCAGCAAACCAUUCACACGGAGGUGCUUCCCUGCUCUGGAUCUGAAGGACAACAAGGUUGUUGUAGGAAACAAGACUGAUUUUACAGAUGAAAAUGGCAAAAUCAGACAGGCCAGUGACCUAGUGCCUGCAGUGAAAAAUGCCACAAUAGUUGCUGAGACUCGCAUGGUUGUAAUAAAGAUCUUUGAGGAUUUCACACAGUCAUGGUAUUGGAUCCUCAUUGGUCUGGUCAUAGCGACAAUUCUGAGUCUGAUCUUCAUUGUACUGCUGAGGUACCUGGCUGGAAUCAUGGUCUGGGUUAUGAUUGUCAUGGUCAUCCUCGUCAUCGGAUACGGUAUCUUUCACUGCUCGAUGGAAUAUGUUCAUCUAAAGAACACACCAGGGGCCAACAUCACCCUCAAGGAGCUGGGUUUCCAGAUGGACCUGAACGUGUAUCUUCACAUUAGACAAACCUGGCUGGCCUUCUUAAUUAUUCUGGCCAUAGUGGAGCUCAUCAUCAUCCUGCUUCUCAUCUUCCUCAGAAAGAGAAUCCUGAUCGCUAUUGCUCUCAUUAAAGAGGCCAGCAGGGCCAUUGGUCAUGUGAUGUCUUCAUUGUUUUACCCUCUGUUUACCUUCCUCCUCCUGGCCAUCGUCAUUGCAUACUGGAUGAUCACAGCUGUCUUUCUCUCCACAUCUAAUGAACCUGUAUACAAAAUCUUCAAUCAGACUGAAUGCAAAUAUGCUACCAACUCCUGCAAACCUGAGAACUACACUGACUCUCUCAUGAAGAAAGAGUGCCCAGAUUCCCAGUGCCUUUUUGCCUUCUAUGGUGGUGAAUCUGCCUACCAUAAGUACCUCAUCCUCCUCCAGUUCUACAAUGUCUUCCUCUUCUUCUGGUGUGCCAACUUUGUGACUGCAUUAGGCCAGAUGACUCUGGCAGGUGCAUUUGCUUCUUACUACUGGACCUUCAACAAGUCAGAUAUGCCAUCCUGCCCCGUCUUUGCCUCCUUAGGCCGAGCUCUCAGGUAUCACACUGGCUCUCUUGCGUUUGGCUCAUUGAUCUUGGCAAUCGUCCAGUUGAUCAGGGUUUUGCUGGAAUAUCUGGAUCACAAACUCAAAGGGGUAGAAAACAAAUUUGCCAAAUUCCUUCUCUGCUGCCUCAAGUGCUGCUUCUGGUGCCUGGAGAAGUUUAUUAAAUUCAUUAACAGAAAUGCCUACAUCAUGGUGGCCAUAUAUGGUAAAAACUUCUGCGUUUCAGCCCGAGAUGCCUUCUUCUUGCUGAUGAGAAAUGUGAUCAGGGUUGCUGUCUUGGAUAAGGUCACAGACUUUUUAUUGUUUUUGGGGAAACUUCUUAUUGUGGGAAUUGUGGGAAUCAUUUCCUUCUUCUUCUUCUCUGGGAGAGCUAAAGGAGUGGAAUUUGUACCCAAUCUGCACUACUACUGGGUGCCCAUUCUGACGAUUGUGAUCGGCUCUUACCUUAUAGCUCAUGGUUUCUUCAGCGUGUACGCCAUGUGUGUGGACACACUCUUCCUCUGCUUCUUGGAAGACCUGGAGAGGAACGACGGCUCUGCAGAAAGGCCUUACCUGAUGCCCGAAUCUCUUCUCACUACUCUGAAAAAGAAGAAUCAGAACAAUUAAUCAUGCAGGAGAGAAAGAGAGAGAGACAACAGGAGGUCAUGAAAUGACAACAAUGCAACAAAAGACGUGAAUGGAGUUUCCAUUCAAGGCCAAAGUGGUUGUACGUAGUUAAGUGCCUUAAAUACAUGUGUGGUCAAGGACAGGCUAGUCUCCUGCCCACCUGCCCUGCACAAUCAAAAAGACAAACAAGACCACUAGUAUAUUUUAUGCAAGUGUGAGAAAUCACUCAUGUAUUUGUAUCUGUCCCAAAAAAGUUUAUAGAAUUUAAUGUUUUGUGUUUAACCUUAUAGGUGUUUUUUGGAGUUAGUUACAAGUGUUUGUGCCACUAUGCAAAGAAAUGUUUUACUUUUUUAUUCAAAACGGAUUGUAAAUUAGUUGCUAUUAAUACGUUUCCAGAGUAUUUGAGCGCCAAUGUUGCAUGCCAGCGUUAUGGACUGUAUGAGGUAAAGAUAGUUAAAAUGCUUUGGGGUUCCUGGUUUGUUUUAGAUUUGCUUGUUCGUCUUCAUCUUAGUAUUUUUGUACCCAUCAUGUCUACAAUAAAACAUGUUCAUUGAC